CCGAGAUCUCGUCCCAGACGCCAAGCCGCAUAGGAAUCUGAUGUGGUUCGUUUCCGUCACCGUCGUACUGUCUGUCGAGGCGCUGUCCAUCAGCGCUUUCCGACAUGCCGUCCGCAGCCAUGUAGGACCACACUGGUGCACUCACGAGGCCAGAUCUCCCCUAACACAUUCAUCCCAUGACUUGCUUCGUCCUCUGUGAUGUCCGUGUUGGUGCUCAGGGAAGCUCAGCGUUUCUGCAGACGGCUUUGCCCACUGCUCGCUCCCAUGGUGUGCGCCGCAGAUUCAUGAGUCCAUCUGCAAGGCAUCAGCGGUCGGUGAUGCAGUCGAUGGUCACACCCGUGGCUGAGGCAGAGGGGUUCGGGAGCAGCCCGACGACUCAGAAGAAAGACGUAUGCGUCUCAGAGGGGCGGGGAAGGGCCGUACUCGGUGUCGUGAGUGGGUCACAUGCCGGUCGGUUCGGUGUGUGUGGUGUUUGUUGACCGAUCAGGAGACGUACAUCGCUGACAUUCAGCUGACGGAGGAGAGCGACAGGGUCAUCAUCGCAUCGGUCAUACUCAACGGCGACUACACUAAAAGGGUCAGUCGGUACAUAUGGAUGGAUGGCGGAAACACAAACAAGACUGGCUGGGUAGAUCUGAUUUAUGCACAGGGCAGGCCGCAUUCCUCCUCUGUGGGUGUGUGGGUGUGUGGUGUCCGUCAGUUGUGGGAGGACGUGUUGACUGACUUGAAGCGUCAGGCGCCCGAAACCUGGAUAAACUCAUUCGGCCGAAGAGCGCUCACCAAUGAGUUCCUGCUGCAGACUGUCGGCGAGGUCAGCGCGCUGCACGGCGUCCCAACCACUACACACUCACAUCCCCAUGUCACCUGUCUCUUCUGUUGUCCAGGACGAGCUGCGUGGCUUGUGUCUGGGUGUGCUUGAGGGCCGCGUGGCCCAGCAGGUGCAGGCCGAGAAGGGUGUCACGCUGGCCGGCAUCCCUCGACUCAUCGGAGACCCCAUGGCCGCCAAACGGGCUUUCAAGCCAGGCCAGCCCUUUGCUUGCGACGUGAGCAAUCGGGCCAGCCGAACACGCACACCUCAACAAACGUUUCGUUUUGGUGUUGCGCUGUUGUCACCUUCCUUCUCUCAGCUGGAGCUAUCUCGCGCGCCACGUCCAGCGUGGACGACCGCAGCGGCGUACCGAGGUCUGAGGAUUGACAUCGAGCGGCCGCCUUUCGACAGGCAGGCCAAGUCUGAGCAGGUGACGCAGCUGCUGCGUGAGAACUUCGCCGAGAAGAGGCGGCUGCCGGUCGACGGCAAGCGGGCCGCCAGGAAGGGCGACAUGGUGGUGGUGUCGAUCGAGGGAUAUGUGCUGCCCCCGGACACUCUGACGUCACGGACACUUGCAGAGCCGCUGCCACGGGAGAUGGGCAUCGAUGGCCAGGUCAGUCAGUGUGACUAUAGGCCAGGCCACAUGUGCCACCUGUGCCCAGAUCGUUGUUUGUUUUGGAUGUGUGUGUUCUCUUCUCUCUCCUUCAUCAGCGUAUGGAGGUGGUGCUGCAGGCGGGUCGCUACGCGGCAGGUCUGGUGGAGGGCAUCAUCGGCAUCUACGAGGGCGAGAGCAAGGAGGUCGAGCUCAAGUUCACUCACCGAGAGGCGGACUCAUUCGAAAUGGCACGGAUGAUCGACAAAGUCGCCAUACUCAACGUCACCUGCCACGAGGUACGUCGGGAGCAGACACACACACACACACACACACACAGAGGCAACCAGGCGGCACACGGCAAGUGUGCUGGCCGUGCCGUCUGGUCAGAUUUACGAGGUGCUUUUGCCCCCUCUGGAUGAGAAUUUCGCCAAGCGGCUGGGCCUACCUGGUCUGAGGCAGCUGGUGGAACAGGUGCAGAUGGCUGCGGCCAGGGAGUACGAGCACACGAUGCUCGCAAAGAGGAACGCUCUCCUGGUGAGUUUGAUGAAAUGAAGGAAUGGACGGAUGGGUGGACGGAUGGUGCAAACGAACGAGUCUUGGUUGUCAGGGCGAGGCAUUGCUCAAGGCAUCAGACUUCGAGCUGCCAACCGCGCUGGUGGAUCAAGAGGUCCGUCCCCCACACACGCACGCCCACAUGGAUCCACAUGGAUGGGUGUGCUAAUCUGUGUGUGUGUGGGUGUGUGUCCGUCUCUCUCCAUCCAUUUGUCAGGUGCGCAAGGUGUUUGAGCAGCAGCUGCUGUCCAAGUACCGCACGCCCCAGGAGCUGGAGCGUGCCGAGCAGGAGUUCCCCCUCUUCGACAAGGCUGAAAGGGACGACAUCGCCAAGGAGCUCAAGCUCAGGUACAUCCUGGCCGACGUGGUGGACAAGGAGGGAAUCACCAUCCCCGACGACGAGCUGGACAGGCAGUACCAGCUCUACAAACAGGUGCGUCUGUGCGUCCGUCAUGCACUGAGAGAGGGGGAGGCGUGUUUGUGUCUUUUCAUGUGUGUCUCUGUGUGUGUGUGUGUGUGUGAGCAGUAUGCCCAGUCCCAAGAGGCCUCUCGUCCGGAUGACUUCAAGACGUCCAUGUCUUUGGACGACACCAUGCAGAAGCAGAACCUCAAGCUCACCAUGCUGCAGAACAUGGCCUUUGACGCCGUCGCCAAGGUCAGCUCAAUCGUCGUCACCGACGCGCCACCGCCCAAGAAACACAGCUUCUACAAACCCAACGAGGAGGAGCAGUACCAGCUGCGGAGGGCGGGGGUGGGCAACCCGUACGCAUCAGCUCUGCUAAGCGGCUGAGCCAGUCAGUGAGGGAUACAAAUCCACAUGGCUGGAUGGAUGGAGGGUUUAAGCAGUAAGAACGUUCUAAGGCAAAUAAGUGCGUGGGCGUAGGAAGGUUUUCUGGUGUGGUGUUCGCUGUGUCGCAUAUCCGCUAUGGCUACCGCCAGACGGUGUGUGGAUGGUUUGCUGCGGGGUUUGAGGGGUGUUUUACAUUUCUCGGUGUGACGGCACGCUGUAGAUAGAGAGACAGACAGACAGGAGGUAUUUACACCAGUGGUGACAGACAGACACAUUAUCGCAGUCAACGACAAGGGCACAGUGUUCA